CCGGGAUACAUUCUGAAAAUAUCAAUCCGAUGUUUAGUUUUCUUUCAGAUUGUAAGUAGACUACAUGUCACGUUCCUAGAAAAGUGUGGUGAAAGUGUUGAAACUGUAGUGUUGUUUUUUCGGCGUUGUGAAAACGCUCCAAACUAUAAAAAUGAGUUAUUUCCCAAACUACCUUCAGAAUUAUCACGAAAUAUCUCAAAAUUUCCACCAACAAAUACACUCGGAAAUAGCCAAUUUCAAUCAUCAAAAGACUUUCUAUAAAAACCAAAAACUUUCUGUGAAUGGCGCGGAAUACUGUACAAAAGAAGGAGGAAUGCAAGGCGAUAGUAAGAGAAACAUAGUAGGUCGAAGAGAUAAUCCAAAUCUUGAUUACUUCCGGGAUAAUCUGGAUUACGUGAGAAAAUCUCCUAUGUCGGAUAGCAGCCGUUCGUUUGACGGGGAAGAUACAAAAUCGACAGGAUUGCGGAUCGAUACCGGUUAUGUUAGUGCCGAAAGUUCUAUAGACAGCGAGGACGAGAAAGAAAUAACACACAUUUUAGAACCCCCACACACGGGAUGUUCUGUAAAUGGACCAAGGAAAUGUUUGGCUUGGGCGUGCAAGGCUUGCAAAAAGAAAACGGUGACUAUCGACAGGAGAAAAGCCGCUACUUUAAGAGAAAGGAGGAGACUGAGGAAGGUGAACGAGGCUUUCGAAAUGUUGAAGAAAAGAACCUGUAAUAAUCCUGGACAGAGAUUACCAAAAGUAGAAAUUUUAAGGAGUGCCAUAGAAUAUAUAGAAUAUUUAGAAGAAAUUUUGCAAGGAUCGAAAUCUUCAUCGGAAGCAAGUAAUAACAUAGUGCCUAAAAAUGAAUAUAUGAAUGGUUCGUCCAGUCAAUUCGUCUGUGAACGAUUGCAACAAAUCAGUGAACCUCUUCAAAGAUUUUCUUCGCCCGGUUGUGAAAUCGCACCUAACACAUCAAGUUUGGACUGUUUGAAUCUCAUAGUACAAAGUAUAACCAAUAGGAAGCAGGAAAACGGAGAACACAUCACGUGACAUUGCUAAUAUGUUUUAUUUUCUAAGUGUUUUCAAGGUAACUUAUUUGAUAAUUUAUUCACGAGGAGUAAAGAAGUAGGCAAUUAAAGGAGAAGUUUUACUGAAA